CUCAUUCCAGUUUUUACCCUGUUUGUGGGCCGUUAUCGUUCUUUACCUUCUGCUCAGCACAUAUACUGUAUAACAAAGAUUGCUCUAAAAUGUCCUGCCUUUAGUUUAGCGUACUAUCGAACGACGGUAUUAUGAAGAGUCUUUUCCGGCUUCGCUUCGUGCAUCGCUGCCGGGGAGGCGAAUCUGGCUGCGAUCAGGCACAGCUUGAUAGGUUCCAAGUACAAGGCUGUGCCCUUGAGUCCACAUGCGGCUCGCCAGUCUUGGUCGCGUUGUGCCGACAGAGGCAUGGCCCCGAGGGCAGCCUCAGUCGCGAGGCGCAGCGUGUGCACUUCUCGCGCGGCACCUCCUUUUACAUCAAGGCGGUGGUGGUGCCCGCGAAUCGGGCAGUGGACCUGAUGCACGCGCCUCUGCUGGAGCAGCCACCCCUGCGUGAUGCCAAUGGGCGGAACGUGAUCGGCGGCCCGGACGUGAGCGCGGAUGGAUCCAUUUACGUGACGCCAAUGGACCAGAACGGCAUCGCUCACCUGGACAACUUCUCGCUGGUGCUGCCGUGGAACGACCAGGAGCGCCCGGCCAGUGGGCCCACCAGCAGCAUACACGGAGAGCCGCUCAGCUCAGAGCUGUGCCUGGUGGUGCAGCUGCUGAAACGGACAGCCAAUGGCAAAUGGGACGCCUACGACAUGCCCCACCUCACGUCCCGCCCCUUCCAGGUCUUCUCGCGCGGGUGGCUGAUGGCGCGGCGGCAGCAAGCGGCCAGCAUCCCGCCGCCGCUGCCCUCAAUGCUUCUGGCACAGCACCAACAGCAGCAGCAGCUGCAGCAGCAGCAGCAACAACAGCAACAGCAACAGCAGCAGCGGUCCAUUCUAGCACAGCACCAAUUGCGCCAAAUGGUGCACUCGCAAUCGCAAUCGCAGCACCAGCAGCUUCAGCAGUCGCAGGCGCACCCGCUCCUCAACCAACAGCAACACUUGGCGCUGCUACAGCAGAACCGGAACCAGAACUCAAGCCGGGGCGGCCACGGUGGCAGCUACAGCGCGGGCGGCGCGCCGCCGUCGGUACCCAGCCGGGGAGGGCAGCCGCAUGGGGACGGGGGCUUUGCGGGCUUCAACGCGGGGUCUCUGCCGACCAACUCGACAGAGAUGGGUCCGCCGCUGGAGCGUCGGUGGUCCACCAACGCGUCUGUGUCGUCCGGCUCGGGGCCCGCGGCCUCGGGCGGCCAGCGCACGUCACGCCCGCGGCGUCGCUCGCACCUGUCGAAGGACUCGUCCCACGACGAUGGUGGCGGAGGCGGCAUCGGCUCGCCCCUGGCACCGGGCGUGCUGGUGGUGGGUCCCGCGCGCACCAGCAGCGGCGUGCCCACCUCGGCCGCCACCGACACCGGCACCUCGCAGCCCUCGCACCCCACGCCGCAGGCGCAGGCGCACAUGCACCCCGGCGGCGUGGUGACGACCUCCGGCAAUCACUCGGCGCCUCCCAGCACGACGGGCCCGGCGCACCGCAGCUCCUUAAAAUCAUUAGAGCUUGCGCCACUGAGCCUUGGGCUGAUAGGAGCAGGCAGUGGUGGCGGUCCGCUGCCGCUACCGCUGUCGCUCAGCCCUACGGGCUUGGUGGGCGGUGCGCGCGGCCUGUCUCAGGCGCCGUCGGCGACGCUGUUGGACCUGCACUCGGGCGGGCUGCAGGACCUGUUUGAGGAGCUCGAGUCGCAACAGCUGGUGCUGGCGGAAGACAUCAUGGACAUGGAGGGCCCUGCCAAGCGCGUGAAGAGCAGCCUGGAUCCGAGCGACUGCGGCGGCCCCGCCUUCAUGUCCGACCUCUCCAGCAAUAGCCUCAUGACGCUGACCGGCGCCUCCGCCGGUAGCUCCAUGGUGCUACAGCCCAAUUCCAACGCGGCGGCGCAGCUGCAGCAGCUGCAGAACCAGCUCAACUUGGACGCAUUCAUGAUGCGCGGCGGCGCCGGGGGCGGCGGCGCUGGCGGCAGGGAGGGUGCAGGCGUGGGCGUGGGUGCGGGCGGCACCAUGCCGCUCAUAUUUGUGGGAGGUGGAGGCGGUGGCCCGGGCCGCAUCAGCCUGAGCGGCCGUGUGAGCGGUAGCGGCCGCGCCAGCCUCAGCGGCCGCAUCAGCGGCAACGGCGGCCUGGAUGCGAUCAUGAGUUACUUGGCGCAGCCCGGGCGCAUGGACGAGGCCCUGGACCGCAUGGCCAUGGAGCAGCAGCAGCACCUGGAGCAGCAACAGCAGCAGCAGCAGCAGCUGCAGCAGCAGCUGAUGGGGAGGUCAAGCCAGUCGCCCGGCGGCAAGAAGCAGCAGCAGGAGCUGGGCCCGUCGGCGGCGCAGGUGGCGCCGCCGCGGCGGGAGUCGCAGCCAGAGGCGGCAGCCGAGGCGCCGGUGGUUGCGUGCGUGCAGCCAGCAACCAGCAUGCAGACGGACUAGGAACGCAGCGGCGGGCGCCGGCCAUGCGGCCGCACAGUAGCUGUGAUCAUCAACAAUGCACGUGAUUCGAUUUGCACGAUACACAAAGUGAGGCUGGGUAUGUGAACGUGUGAAAAGCUGGUAUGGGCGCACUAGUGCAGGGGACAGCCUUGCGCUGUGAUCAAUAGUCAGGUCGUGUUUAUAAUGUCAGCUGCAACGCGCACUUGUGUCUGCGCGUGCAAGAUACAUGGAAAGGCCAUGUACCGUACAUACAAAGACUGGUUGUUCGUACGGCUAACAGCCGCACCAACGUACAUAGAAUGUCCUCAACUUUUAUCAGAGCUGAGGUGAAAGUGAAACACCGGUGUCUCGAACUGGAGGUAGGGUCUCAGAGAACUCUGACGUUUGGAGCGAGCUGGCCUCGCCAGCAACACAUCCCUAAUCAUCACCGUCACCUAAUUGCACGGGUUGGGUGGUCACCAAGGCUGACUCCCCGGGAGCAGGUGGCGCACCACCCACCCACCCCUGCGUACCGUAUUAUAGGGUUCAUCUGAUUUCUAGCGCUGCAUAGCAGGGAACUGUGGAUACCAAAUGGAGACAUGGUCAAACCUGGUCUGUUGGAUAAGGUGUGUAAAGGCUGAAUGGGGUACUUUCUUGUAGGAGGCACAUAUCUAGGUCGCCGGAUGCUAUCGUGUGCGCGAGGGUGGUCUUACAUGCGCGUCCAUGGGAUGCGUCUUGGCGAUGAACUGCCAUGGCACUUAUAUGCAUGCAUGCGACGGCACGACUCACAAGCUAGAGAAGAAGGGACUAUGUCAAGGUGACUUUUGGCGGGGGGGAGAUUGUAUACGGUACGUGCGCAAAGAAUAAUGGCCUUUGUCCAUGGCCAGCGGCUUUGGCGGUUCACGCAGCAGGGUCAAUUCGGGGUAUACGUGCGUGGCCACGGGCAUAGCCCAGUGCUGAGCUACACGCUUACUUGCCAGCUCCCGUGCUGUGCGGCUGGAGAUUCAUACCGUAUGUGGGCGUGUGUGCAUUCAUUGUGUGGGGAAGGAAAUGGAGUAAAGACGGGCGUGCUGGCAGAGAUGGUAGCCGCGAUAAGGGCGCCAUGGGCUAGCGUAGGAACGGACACUGGUCAGGAUGGUGGCCCCGGUACGAAUCUUACGCGGUGGCAUUGGUCGGAAGGUAGCGCCAGGAUGCAUGGCGGGGCACGCGGGCGAGUCGCUCAGUGCCGCAGAUCAAGGCCGCCUCGAGUUAGCUAUACAGUAGACAGCAGCACUUGCCCGCUCUUGAAGAUUUGGAGCUUGGCUUACAUUGUGUGGCUGCUGAUAUCCAGGUCACUUAAUUGAGGAUGGGUGGACAAGAAAGGUUGGCUUCCCCUCUCACGGAAAAAUGGGCUGCGCCCACGCCAAGUUAAUGCAUGCCGGAGGCUGAAGGUUUUGAAACUGCCUCAUCUCCUGGACAUAGCCGGGGUCGGCUGGUAUAUGCAUGUGUCCAGCCGCGUCCCGCUGUCAAGCACAAGCAUAGCAGGCACAGGACAACCACGUACAUGCUAGCUAUGCUAUGCUCGCCAGCAAAGACCACAAACCAGACGCAGGCUGGGCCUCAACCUGCGCACUGGCGCUGCUUCUCGGGCGGCGCCGCGCUCUCCUCCUCCACUUG